GGCGGCUCUAGGCGAACCCAAACGGGACGCCGGGCUAACAUUUUGAGCUUUCACACCCGAAAAGACACCGGGGCUUCACUGAGUUACCGCGCCGUUUGCACACCCACUGGUUUGGCUUUGUGAAGGGAGUGCUUUCGCUAACGUCUGUUCAAGCUAAUAAACGCAAAAAUUGGGAUUGUAAAAUAAUAGGUUUCGCUUAUCAUGAGAGGGAAAAGGGGCAGGCCGCCCAAACCGCUAGGAGCUGAGGAGCCAUCUCCAGCCUCGGCCCGGGACUUACGACCCAGGAGGAAUCUGAAGCCCCGGGCAAGGGACAGCGGGGACGAGGACGUCGAGAGCCCCACACGGGAAAGCCCCAAGCCUUCCAGGGGGAAGAAGAAGCGGAGCUCCGUCACGUCAACACGGGGCAGGGGACGAGGUAGAGGUGGCGGUGGUGGCAGAGGAGGCAGAGGGGGUCGUGGAGGGAGGAGGACGGCUGCGUCCAAAACAGUGGUGUACGACGACCACGAGAGUGACGAGGAGGAGGACGAUGCUGUCAGUUUGAGGUCGGAGGAGGACGAGUAUGUUGAGGAGGAACCUCAGUCCGAGGAGGAUGAGGCCCUCAAAGAGGACUCUGAUUGCCUUGAUGAUGAUGUGCUGGACGAGGAGUUGGAGGAGGAGGAUGAUGCCAGCUACUGUACAGAGAGUAGCUUUCGGAGUCAGAGCACACACGCCAGCACUCCGGGAAAAAAAAGAGGACGGGCUCCAAGACCUCGUACUCCCAUCCUUGAGGAGAAGGAGAUUCCCCCUCUUGAGCUUCCUGAAACCUCUGAGGAUCUCUUGGUGCCUAAUGAGGAGCUGCUAAAUGCCACCUCCAUCUACGAGGUGGUACGGAACUUCAGCACCGUGCUGCGUCUCUCACCCUUCCGCUUUGAGGACUUCUGUGCAGCAUUGGUGGGCCAGGAGCAAAGCACUUUAAUAGCAGAGACCCAUAUUUCCCUGUUAAAGGCCAUCUUACGUGAGGAGGAUUCCUCCAACACUACGUUUGGCCCUGCUGAUCUCAAGGACAGCGUCAACUCCACUCUGUACUUUAUUGAUGGUAUGGCAUGGCCUGAGGUGUUGAGGGCAUACUGUGAGAGUGACAGGGAGUACCAUCAUGUCCUGCCGUUCCAGGAGUUGGAUGAGUAUCCCUAUGGCCCACUUGAAAGCAAGAUCAAAGUGCUACAGUUCUUGGUAGACCAGUUUCUUACGACUAACAUUGCCCGUGAGGAGCUGAUGUCGGACGGUGUCAUGCAGUAUGAUGAUCACUGCCGUGUGUGUCACCGCCUGGGUGACCUGCUGUGUUGUGAGACCUGUUCAGCAGUCUACCACCUGGAGUGUGUGAAACCGCCGCUGGAGGAGGUUCCAGAGGACGAGUGGCAGUGUGAGAUUUGUGUUGCACAUAAGGUGCCUGGUGUCACAGACUGUGUGACAGAGGCACAAAAGAACAAGCCUUACAUCCGCCAAGAGCCCAUUGGAUAUGACCGUCACCAAAGGAAAUACUGGUUUCUAAACAGAAGGAUUAUUGUGGAGGAGGAUGGACAACAUGAGAAGAAAAAGAUCUGGUACUACAGCACCAAGGCCCAGCUGGAGGAGCUCCUGGGGCGCCUGGAUAAGGAGUACUGGGAGAUGGACCUCUACGCUACUUUAGAGGAGAUGAAAGAGGAGGUGCAAGCUCACAUGGACAUCACAGAGGACCUCACAAAUAAAAGCCGCGGAAACAGUAAAUCCUACCUCUCUGCUCUCAAUGAAGUGGUCACAGAGCGUCUGAAGGUCAUGCGGGAGGAACAGGAAGUCAAGCAGCGGGCAGAAGAGGCCAGGCAGGAAGCAGACAAGGACUCCGUUAAGACCGCAGAGGACACAGAGUUCAACACACAGUUCAACAACGGGGAACACAAAGACUCUGAACCCAGUGACAACUUGAGUUCACAAGCUGCAGUUCCACCUGCUGCAGAGGAGAGCGGUGUGUCAGAUCCGAACCCCGGCUUGACCGUUCAGGACCCAGCUGCGACUAAAACAGAAUCCCUCAAACCUAGCAAGGAAACUGAAUCCACGCAGGUUAAGAGCCAGGAGCUCGGGGAGUCGCCUCCAGUGGUGACACCGAACAGAACAGACGAGGACAUGAAAGGGGAGUUGAGCAGCGAAGGGACACAUCCUAAUGAGACGCAGGUACAAACCCAGGAUCAGCCGCAGCUUACAUCACAACCAGACGCCAACAACAGCAGCAGCCAGGGGUCUUUUGGCCUUAGGAAACCAGAGCAGCCUGACCUGGCUGAUAGGUCCUCUCAGUCUUCUUUUACCAGUCAGGAUGGGACAGAGGAGUACAACAAGAGGGUGAAGAGUGACAGAGCAACAGCAGCUGGAGGAGAAUCUAACGACCAGACACCCAGAGGCAGCAAAGAGUCGUCUCCAGUUGGCUCUGAUGCUGAAGCUUCACGUCUCGGCGUCUUCAAACGGGACCCCAUCUCGAGGGCCAAUCUGAACAACCUGUUCAAACUGGGUCAGGAAGGGAAGUACCGGGUCUACCACAACCAAUACAGCACCAACGUCCUGGCCCUCAACAAACACCAGCAUCGCGAGGACCACGACAAGAGGCGCCACCUCUCACCACAAUUUAGCCUGACGGACAGCAUCUGAGUCAAAUGGAACGGUUCAAUCUAUGGCUCGCGGUCCCUGACAGUGUCCACCCUGCGUCUCACCAUCAUCCAGUUAGAGACCAAUGUCCCAGGACCGUUUAUGCACCCAAACUGGGCAUCACACAGGACCAACUGGAACAAAGCAGUGCAGAUGUGCAGCAAGGCCAGGGAAUUUGCUUUGGCCUUGGCUAUACUCGAGUGUGCAAUCAAACCGGUAGUCAUGCUGCCUGUUUGGAAGGAUUCUCUUGGACACACAAGGCUGCAUCGUAUGACCUCAAUGGAGCGGGAGGAGAAGGAGAAGGUGAAGAAGCGAGAGAAAAAGCUGGAGGAUGAGGAGACGAUGCAGCAGGCGACAUGGGUGAAGUACACCAUCCCCAUCAAACACCAGGUGUGGAAGCAGAAGGGAGAGGAGUACAGAGUGACAGGUUAUGGUGGCUGGAGCUGGGUCAGUAAGACCCGGGUUCCCCGUUUUGUUCCAAGGCUACCGGGGAACACAAACGUGAAUUACCGCAAAGAACUAGAGGCAGCAGCUAAAAUGAACAAGGAAAACACAGCAGCUUGCACAAAUAAAGAGACAAAACUGAUCGAUACUGAGACAGGCCCACAUGGUGUAGAUGAGAAUAAGGAGCAAACAUCCAGCAGUAAAUCAUCUCAGAGCACUUUGUCAGAGGAUGGACAGAGCUUGAAAGAGAAGGAAGAACCUGCAGAGGGAAAAGAUGUGGAAGAAAAGCAAGAGGAGGAAAAAAUGGAGGGUGAUCCUUGCCAAGAAACUGUAGCUCCAAGUGACGACAAAGAUAAAAGUGAAGACAAAGGAGCUCUCUUGUCUUCAGUGCAACCUGCGAAAGAAGAACCCAUCCCAAAAAUUGAGCAAUCCAAGAAAGAAGAGACCUCUGCCUCAAAACUGUAUUAUGAUGUAGUGAAUGUCAGUGAGGGCUUCCAGCUGCGGACGGCCUAUAAAAAGAAGGUAAAGCCUUCCAAACUGGAUGGGCUUUUGGAGCGCAGGGUGAAACAGUUCACCUUAGAGGAAAAGCAGAGGCUGGAACGGAUGAAACAGGUGGGUCUUCUGUCCAAAAUGGCUGUGACAAAGUCGGCGACUGCUGUUAAGACUGAAGCAUCUGCAUCAGGUAAACAGCAGUCUGCUGUUACCCCAAGUGUCAAAGUAGAGGAGAAAGAGGAGACCCGACAAAUGAAAGACCAUGUGGUGAAAAGGCUUGAUUUUGAGCAGGAGCAGACAGCUACAAAAACUGAGCCAAAGAAGGAGAACACCGAUGUCAAAUCUGACCUGACACCUCCCCACAGCAAAGAGACAGAGGGGAAUGCUGAGCAGGGGAAUGGUGAGGAAGCACAUAAAGAAGUGAAUGGAGAACCAGUAGAGAGCAAAAACAACUGUAUAUCAGAAUUACCAGAGAGCAAGGAAAAACUGCAGAAGUCGGAGGUCGCUCGAGUAGGGGACAAUGCUAAGAAACGUGGGUAUGACGAAGUUGAGCCAGAUAGUGAGCAGAAUAGCACAGAAGACCAAAGCAAGAACAUUUCUGUGCAGAUAAAUGGGAAAACAGUCUCCUCUAUGGAGUCAGACAUCCACACAGAUGCAGGCCAAAAUGAUUUCAAAGAGCCGGUCAAGUCUCUGAUGAACGGUAACCUCUGUCCAAACGACGUCUCCGACAUAGCUCACCCCCCACCACACAAAGUGCCCAAAUUAGAGAACCACGUGGCUGAGAAAGGAGACUGUGGUGUAACAAAUAAAAAUGAAGAUGUGGCCAUGGAUGGCGAGGAGCUUCCUGCUAAGCUUCCGUCCUCACGUCCUUGCUUAAACAGCAACAGUGAAGACAAUUGCAACAGCAGUGAUGUAAAGACCUCCACUGAUGCUGUCACAACACAGUCUGAAGUAGUAUCAACAGCUGACGGGUCCAGCAGUGAUACUAAACCCACUGUGACAUCUCAAACAGCAAGUACAACAGCGCCCCCCGCUACCACCGCCUCCCCCGCUACCACCGCCUCCAUGGUCCCCUCCCAGAAGCCCAAAGCAGCAACCCCCUCUGGUCCAACAUCUGCCAGCUCCAUGACGAUCAGCAAAGAGUACUCCACCAGGGACAGAGUCAGCCUCCUCAGGUUCUCUAAAUCCAAGAAGGCGAGGUCAGGUACAGCCCUGCCGUCCUACCGCAAAUUUGUUACCAAAAGCAGCAAGAAGAGCAUCUUUGUCUUGCCAAACGAUGACCUCAAGAGAUUGGCGAGGAGAGCGGGUAUCAGAGAGGUUCCUAUUUUUAACUACAACGCCAAGCCAGCCCUGGAUAUAUGGCCCUACCCCUCACCACGGCCUACGUUUGGGAUCACAUGGAGGUACCGCCUCCAGACCGUGAAGUCGCUGGCCGGUGUCAGUUUGAUGCUGAGGCUACUGUGGGCCUGCCUUCGGUGGGACGACAUGGCUGUUAAACCCUCCGCAGUCGUGGGGACGACACGAAAAGAAACCACUGAAACGGACAUCACCACAACAGAGAUCAUUAAGCGCAGAGAUGUCGGCCCUUAUGGAAUCCGCUCUGAAUACUGCAUCAGGAAGAUCAUCUGUCCCCUUGGAAACAGAGAUACCCCUAAAGAAACCCCCACUCCUCAGAGGAAAGGCCUGCGUUCAAGCGCCUUGAGGCCUAAGAAGCAGGAGCCGGCCAAGCUGACAGGGCCAAUCGCCGUGGAGACGUGGGUACCUGAAGAGGAGCUGGAGCUGUGGGAGAUCAGGGCCUUUGCAGAAAGAGUGGAGAAGGAGAAGUCGCAGGGUUCAGAUCCCUCCAAAAUCGGCACAACGCUGAAGACAGCAGAGGAUGUCAAGGCCCAUUUGGAGAAUCAGCUGAGACAGGCCAGACUGGCAGCUCAGCAGAAACGCCUGGAGCAGCAGAGACUGAUUACAACGGUGACCACCUCCACAACAAACACCACCUCCACCACCUCUGCCAGCGUUCCCGUUACCCCUGGCACCCCAGCAUCCAUAAGCCAGAGGACUGGUCAGGUCACAUCUGGAACCAAGAUGGUGCUGGCCUCCAAACUGGGCUCCCCGGUGUCCUUCCAGCAAGACAAGAACUUCCAGCAGUCGUUUGCUUCCUGGGUCAAACAGGGUCAGAGCAGCAACAACAACAAUAACAACGGCAGCUCAGCCUCCUCUGGCUCCGUGACUACCAUAGCGAGCAGCAUCGCCACCUCAGAGCAAACCUUCCAGAUCGCUGGCAGUCCAGUGACUGUGGCUGGCCAGGUCCUCGCCGCCAAACUACCACUGCCCGCUAACAGCAAGAUUGUCACGCUCAACAUGCCCAUUACACAAGGAGGUGUAGUCCAGCAGAAAGUCCUGGGCAUUUUCCCCUCUGGGCCUCCUGCGAACCUGAGGACCUACAGCACACUACAUCCCACAACAGGCAACAUGAACCUCAGAGCCACCACCUCGGCCUCUACCACUCAGCAGCAGAGUGUCACAGUUGGAGGCCAAACACCAGCUGGCACGUCAAGCCAGUUACCCACCCUGUCUACCUCUGUGGGUACAACAAUGGUCAGAAGUCCAGCGUUGGCUCAACAAGGCCAACCUCAGUCAGCUUUGACCCAAAUGAACCUUGGCCAGACCGGGUCUACGCCUGUGCAAACACCUGCAGGUCCGAGGGCAGCUGCUCCUGUGCCAUCCCCCCGCCCGGCUACCACAGCUCCUGGACAGCCCCCUGCUGCUUCCUCCCAGACCACAAGACCACAGCAGGGUCAAGUCAAACUCACGAUGGCUCAGCUCAUGCAGCUCACCCAGAGUGCCCAGGGAGGAAACCCAGGCCUGACUGUGGUAAUCCAAGGUCAGGGCCAGACCCAAGGCCAGCUGCAGAUCAUCCCUCAGGGUGUGACGGUCAUCCCUGGCCCUGGUCAGCAGUUGAUGCAGGCAGCCAUGCCCAAUGGACAGGUCCAGCGCUUCCUCUUCACCCCCAUGCCCCCCUCUUCAUCUGCUUCAACCCCUUCUACCGGAACCCCAACAAAGCCCACCACAGCCCAGACCCCUCAAGCCCAACUAUCAACUCCAGUUCAAGCCCGGGUCCCUGCACAGGUUCAGACGACUCCUUCAGCCUUAGCCCAAACCCAAAUGGCAGCUCCUUUACCGACCCCGUCCUCAGUCCCUGUGCAAACGCAAGUAGCAGCUCAGACAAUGCAAACACAAAGUUCAGUUCCUACACCAUCAUCAGCCCCUGCCCAGCCUCAGAUCCCUGCAUCGGUACCUUUUCUGCCACAAGUUGCAGCCCACACAACACCUCAGACACAGGUUUCAUCCCCCACUCAAGCCUCAGUCCCCACACAACCCCAAGUGGCAAGAUCUGCGCUUGCGCCAACACAAAAUACCGCUUCAACUCUGACUCCAACACAGAUCUUUACUUCAACCUCAGUGCAAAACAAGGCUGAAAUCCCAGCGGUGGUUCAAACUCAAACCUCCAACCCUCCCCAAGGCUCAUUUCCUUCACCAACCCAAGCCAACCUGCCACUACCUGUCCAAGGACAAGUUCCACCUCAGUCCCAGGUCCAGACGCAGAACCUGAGCCCUCCUCCGCCCUUACCCACAGCCUCUGUCCAGAUGCACAUUAAUGCUCCAGCCCCUGCUUUAGCCCCCAUCUCAGUCAAACCUCCUGUCCAGGUGACUACUAACCCAGUCCAGAUGCCUGUUUCUGCCUCUCUACCCUCACCUGUUGCAGUUCCAACACCCGCUCUUGCUCCAGUCUCUGCCCCUGUCAUAGCUGUUGUGUCCACCCAAAUCACUGCCCCCUCCCCAGCCAAAACUCCAAUCCAAAUCCAAGUCACAGCUCCGCUUCAUGCUGCUGUAGCUGGUGCUGUGGUCACACCUGUCACAGCCACCUCCACGACGCCUUCAGUGCCAGCUCUGAUGGAGCACAGACCAGCUCAGCCGCAAGCCUGGGCUCCAGCCCCGUCUCAAGCUCAGACUCCACUUCAGCCAGUUCAACAAGCUGCAGCUCCGGUUCAGCCACCCACCCAGACCACCGUACCCCCCUCUGCUCCCUCACCAGUCUCCACACAUUCACCUGUAACGCCGCUGCCUCAAGCCUCUCUCACUCCUCAGUCUCAAGCACAAGUCCAGCACCCAACCGUCAUGUCCAUGCAGCAGGUGUCUCAGAUGCCAGUGUCAGCGGUCCCGGUUCACAUGAAGGGACUACCGGUCUCCUCUGUGGUGACCACUGUGGGACCCUCUCAGCCCCAGCCCCAGCUCCAGCUCCAAACCCACACUCAAGUUCAGCCGCAGCCUCAAGCUCAAAUCCGUGCACAGAUUCAGGUCCAGCCUUAUGGUCAGGUCCAACAAAUGCCACAUCUGCAGACCCAAGCACAAACCCAAAUCACCCCCCAGGUUCGAGUUCAGUUUCAGCCACGUGCACACCCUCAGCAACCACCGCAAUUGCAGCCCCUCGCUUCAAUUCAACCUCAGGUGCAGUUUCAGACCCAAACUCAGAACCAAACCUUGCCCCAGGUCCAGAGCCCAACCCGGGUCCAACCUCAGUACCACACCCAGGUACAAGCUUCAUUUCAAACCCAACCUCAGGCUCAGCUACAGCCUCAGGUCCAGCCUCAGUCCCAGGUUCAGUCACCGCCUCAGGUUCAGUCUCAGGCCCAAACUCAACUCCAGCCCCAGAUUCAAACACAACUUCACGCCCAGGUUCAGGUCCAGUUCCAGCAGCAGAGCCAGAUUCAACCACAACCUCAGGCCACGCAGCAGACCCCCCAGGUCCACACUCAGUCACCUGUUCAAGCUCAGCCCCAGUUUCAACUUCAGUCACCGCAGCAGCUUCAGGUCCAACCCCAACCUCAAGUCCAGGCUAAGCUGCAAGUCCAGUUCCAACCUCAGACUCAAACCCAAGUUCAAGCGCAGCCUCAGCUUCAGGUCCAGUCUCCCAUCAGGCAUCAGCUCAUCACAGUACCAGGCAUUCAGCAGCCAGUCCAGCUGCUGUCAGCCUUGCCUCCCCAUGUUGCAGCUCAGAUCCAGGCUCAGAUUCAGGCCCAGGCACAGCAGCAGGGGGGCACAGUUCCCCAGCAGAUCAAACUGCAGCUGCCCAUCCAGAUUCAGCCCGCAGGGGGGCAAAUUCAGGGUCACCAGAUCCAGAACAUGGUGACCAUACAGGCACCGGCAAGUGUCCAAGAGCAGCUCCAGAGGAUGCAGCAGCUGAGAGAGCAACAGCAACAACCACCACCACAACAACCACAACCAAAGAAGAAGAAACACAGUGAGGCUAAAAGGGAACAGAAAGAGCAGAAUCUGCAGACUACAAGUCCCAGGGAUGGUAUCCAAAAUAAGGUGGUUCUGAAACAGAAUUCUACAGCAGAACAGCUGAAACAAAGGAAGACUCUGGCUGCAGCAGAACGAGAGGAGAACCAGAGAAUGAUUGUGUGCAACCAGGUGAUGAAGUAUAUCCUUGACAAAAUUGAGAAGGAUGAGAAGCAGGCAGCUAAGAAGAGGAAAAAGGAGGAGGUGGUGGAGCAGAAACGCUCCAAGCAGAACGCCACCAAACUGACUGCACUACUGUACAAGCACAAAGAGCAGCUGAAGGCCGAGAUCCUGAAGAAGAGGGCGCUGCUGGACAAGGAGCUGCAACUGCAAGUACAGGAGGAGCUUCGGCGGGACAUUGCCAGGCUACAGAAAGAAAGAGAGAAAGCCAGAGCAGCCAUCACCCAGGCGGCUGUGGCGACGGUCAAAGCGCCGGACACUCCUCCCAUUCCUCCCAAUCCUCCCAUUCCUCCCACUCGUCACACUCUACACAUUCCUCCCACAGCACACACAGUAACCUCGCCUUCCUCGUCCCACAAACGCAAGAGGGAAGAGGAAAGGGACAAGGACAGAAACCGAGACAGGGACAGACAUCACGACAAGGACAAGAAACGGGACCGGGAUAAGGACCGAGACAAAUACAGAGAUCGAGAUAAAGACAGAGAUCGGGACCGUGAAAGGGAGAGAGACAAGGAGAGGGACAGAGAACGGGAUAGACAUCGGGACAGGGAUAGAGACAGGGACCGAGACAGAGACUCCAGCUUAUUAAAACACAAGAAAAAGAAGAAGAAGCUGUCUUCUACCUCAAAGGAUCACAAGAAGGACACCAAACUGUACUGUAUCUGCAAGACGCCCUACGAUGAGUCCAAGUUUUACAUCGGGUGUGACCUCUGCUCCAACUGGUUCCAUGGCGCCUGUGUCGGCAUCACAGAAAAGGAGGCCAAGAAGUUGGAGGACUUUGUGUGCAAUGACUGCAAACGUGGCCAGGAGGGAGGGAGCAGCGAGGAACUGUACUGCAUCUGCCGGACGCCAUACGACGAAUCCCAGUUUUACAUCGGCUGCGACCGCUGCCAGAACUGGUACCAUGGUCGCUGCGUGGGCAUCCUCCAGAGUGAGGCCAAUCACAUCGACGUCUAUGUGUGUCCGCAGUGUCAGUCAACAGAAGACGCCAUGACAGUUCUCACGCCACUCACUGACAAAGACUAUGAGGGGUUGAAAAGAAUAUUACGCUCAUUACAGUCCCAUAAAAUGGCGUGGCCUUUCCUUGAACCAGUGGACCCACACGAUGCACCUGAUUAUUAUCGUGUGAUCAAGGAGCCAAUGGAUUUCUCCACAAUGGAAACCCGUUUGCAAAAGCGGCAUUACCACAAGCUCACCGAGUUUGUGGCAGACGUGACCAAAAUCUUCGACAACUGCCGCUAUUACAACCCCAACGAUACGCCCUUCUUUCAGUGUGCAGAGGUGCUUGAAGCCUUCUUUGUGCAGAAGCUUAAAGGCUUCAAAGCGAGCAGGUCUCAUAACAACAAGCUACAGUCUUCUUCAGCCUCUUAGAAAGCAUCGUACAUUGCUCAAAACAAAAAUGCACUUGGCCAAGAAUAUGGCUCUUUCUGAACUGUAACUCUGUGAUGGACUGCCUCAUCCUGCGAUCGGAAUCUGCUCCUCUGACAAGUCUGUGCAGCUUUUUGCUGAACUGUUGGGGCAAAGCUGCCAUCUGCCCGUUUUCAGGACCUCUCCGGACUCAUCCACAUCCCGUGGGUCUGUACUGAGGAGCAUGAACAACUGAGGCAUUUCAGAAGAAAGUUUACCUCGGAGAAAAGACUCUUAAUUGAGCUCUCAUAUUUCCAUGUACUUUUAUUUUUGUCUCUGUUUUGUUUUUUCUUGUUAAAAAUCCCUCAGGCCAUCCUUGUGGUCAUCAUGUCCAGUGAGACGUAGGAAACCAAGAACUGACAUACAACAACUGAGUUACACUGAGCAUCAUGCUCCAUGAGUUUUGUGUCUAAAUUGAGAUAUUGCAGUGGAACAACUUUGUUUCUCCUAUUUCCACUCAUUGUUAAAUCUGAAGUGGCAUGAAAGACAGUUGUACUAAAUAUGUGGACAUCAGUAGACUGGUGAAAUUUGUAUAACCUACUGAAAGUACAAUAAUAAGCUAUUGUAAAUGGAUUGCCUUGCAGUAGUGACUGAGAAGGAUGAAGCAUCGCAUUUGAAGGUCCUGCCCUGUUUGUAAAAAUUAGUCACAUUUUGACUUCCUUUUUCUUUUUUUUGUAUUACAGCUGAAGAAAUAUUGAUGUAUAUGGAACUUAAUAAAAUGCAAAAGACUGAU